AUGCAGGCCAAGCAGAGUGGAACCAAAGCUCCAGCGACAGAGCAAGGUGCGUCUACCCACGUCAAACUCGCGGCGAACGGUGAUACGGACGAGCCUAGUCCAGACGGCCCGUUCCUAAACGCCAACGGGAAAAUCUUGAUUGAAGUGCUCGAUCGGUUUGUAGAGCAAGCCGACUGGGUACUCUGA